AUGAGCAGACUGCACCCAGAUGUGCGGCAGCUGAGCUCCUUGAAGCUCUGGCUGUCUCAAUGGAAUUUCUUCACAUCGCGGUGCAACAAUAGACAACAAUCCCUUUUCACCCUAAACCAUCAAAUUCAUCCCCUUGAUGUGGAUAUACACGGACGCAAUCAAGCGCAAUUUCCGCCCGAUUUUGAUUCCUUUUAUUUUCCAUCACUAAACUACAAAGUCUACCUCUCCUUUGAGAAACUCAACUGCCGAAAUUACAUAACGGGAAAGGUCUACAUCAAUGCUAUGCAAUACGAUAUGAUUCCCAUUGUGUUGGGCGCCUUCAAGGACGACUACGGAAGCACACUGCCUCCUCACUCUUUCAUCAUUGCGGAUGACCACAAGUCGAUUCGUGAAUUGAUCGACUGCUUGCUCUAUUUGGACAAAGAUGGCGCCGCCUAUGCAGCCUACUUUGCCUGGAAGGAGCAUGGUACAUUUGCCCUCUUCAUUUUUAGCCUGCCAAAUCUCCUCUCUCGACAGGAGACAGUCACAACUUUGGACCAGGCUGAUGGCAACGACAAUAACCCCAACGAACAGGAAUUUUGA